AGGUACAAUGAAAAUGUUAGUCAUUUGAAUUCGAAUUCAUGCAAUGUUGCAUGAUGUUUCGAAUAUGAAACAUGAUUUGAAUUCAUGUUUUUAACACAAGUUGUUCGUUCAUAUAUAUCAUAUAUCUCUAUGUUUUUGUACAACAUUUCGACAUGUCUAUUUCAGGAUUGCGCCAGAAGCAUAAAUGGGAACUAAGCAAGCUCACACUUACAAAACAACCUUUCAAAACAGUCAAGUUUUUUACUUUGGCGAUUCUUCAACACACAAGUAGAUCGUUUGUAUACAUUUUCACACAUGGCUGCUUGCUUAUCCUUUUGAUAGCGGCCAUAGUGGCAGUUGGAGUCUUCCUAUUGACUGAUGACGGUCCUCACAGACAGCAUGUGGAAGUGCUUCUUGAAUAUCUACGUUUUGUAUUGUGGUGGGUGGGUCUUGGCGUUGCAUCUUCUAUAGGUCUUGGAUCUGGCUUGCACACUUUUGUUCUGUAUCUGGGUCCCCACAUUGCUUUCUUCACAAUGAAGGCAAUGCAAUGCGGGCGAGUGGAUAUCAAAAGUGCACCUUAUGAUACGAUCUCACUAAACAGAAGUCCUACAUGGCUUAAAAAGGAUUGCGCAGAAUUUGGUCCCCCAUUGUUUUCAUCUCCUCAAGGUCCUGAAGUUCCGCUUAGUAGCAUUUUACCACAAGUUCAGAUUGAAUCUAUUCUCUGGGGUUUUGGAACUGCAAUUGGCGAGCUUCCACCAUAUUUUAUUUCAAGAGCAGCAAGUAUCUCGGGUGGCAAAUCAGAUGAACUAGAAGAGCUCAAUUCUUCCACAAGAGACAAUAAUAGGGCUUCUUCAAAUACAGAUAAAAUGAAGCGAUGGAUCCUGUCACAUGCACAAUAUUUGAACUUCUUCACCAUUCUACUACUUGCUUCGAUACCAAAUCCUCUAUUUGACCUUGCUGGCAUAAUGUGUGGCCAAUUUGGGAUUCCAUUUUGGGAGUUUUUUCUUGCAACAGUUCUUGGGAAGGCAAUUUUUAAAGCUCAUAUACAGACUGUAUUCGUCAUUUCACUCUGCAACAAUCAACUUCUUGACUGGAUUGAAAGUGAGUUGAUUUGGACACUUGGCUUCAUUCCCGGAGUUUCUUCUAUACUGCCUGGAAUUGUAGCUAAAGUGCAUGGACUAAAGAAUAAGUAUAUGGCAGCUAGUCCACCAGAUUCGUCAAAAGUCAAGGAAGAAUCGUGGGAUCUAUCAUUUGCUACGUUAUGGAACACAAUCAUAUGGAUGAUGCUAUUGAACUUCUUUUCCACGAUUAUAACCUCAACCGCACAGAGUUAUCUCAAAAACGAGCAGGAAAAAGAAAUGGAUUUUUUGAAAAAGAAACUAUUAACAAAUGAAUCCAAUUAGUUGAUGACUUGAUGCCAAAAGUGCAACGACAUUCUGUUUUCGAAAAUGGACACUUAAUUUAGGUCUUAGAAACAAAGUACUAAAUUCGACAUAUGUACAGAUUAUGGUACCCAUGGACAGUCAAUAAGGUGUUGCAUCCAAAGGGGUUUUUUGUGUUAAGUAAACUUUUCAU